AUGAGGCCACCUAGACCUCCACCACAGCAGUUCCAGGGUAGUAGAUUUUAUAGUCAGGGACAAUCAGGCCUAGGUGAGGGCUCACGAGCAUCAGACUCUCAUCAGCAGAGAGGCUCAGGCCAAGCUAGGACAGCACCGCCACGUUGCGCAACUUGUGGUAGGCUGCAUUUCGGGAGGUGUAAACAGGGUUCCACAGGUUGUUAUUCUUGUGGACAGGAGGGGCAUGUGUGGAGAAACUGUCCGACCAUAGGUCAGGGUGGUAUAGGUCAGUCGACCAGGUCAAUAGUAGGUUCCUCUUUAUCAGCACAGCCUACAGGGCGUGGACCCCAGACUUCAGCAGGUAGAGGUAGAGGCAAAGGAAGAGAGGGAGCAUCUAGUUGUAGUAGUGGCCAGAAUCGUACUUAUUCACUAGCUGGCCAACAGGACUUAGAGUCAUCACCAGAUGUUAUGACAGGUACAUUGAAUGUUUGA